AGCAGGUCUGCUUCUUAACAGCCAGGCAAGGAGGAGAAAUCGUGGACUGUUGCUUCCCUGCUUUUUCAACUGAGGAUUACACACAAUGACUGUGUUAAUCUUUUAAGGUUCCACAAGAAGCUUUGUUGUUUUUGCUGCUGUAGAUUUAUAUGGCUGUUUCUCUGGAAAUACUUUUCCUUCUACCACCCAAAGACAAAGGGCUAGAGCAGUGAUCUUCACUAUUUUUCAAGCAGUGGCCACUUGGGCAAAAAACCAACAACGACGAACGUUUGUUUUGGGCAGCAUGGGAGCCAUUUCCCACUGUGCUGAUUUCUGUGCACUGUACUGUGCUUUUUCUCUUAAGGGCCCUGUGGGGAAAGGACUAGGAAGAGCUACACUUCCCAACACUCAGUGGUUCUAUCACUUCUAUGUUGUGUCUGUGUUCUGGAAUGGCUUCCUGCUACUGUUGGUUAUCCAAAGUCUGCUUGGAUCAUGGCCCUUCCCCAUUUGGCUUCAGGAUUUGCUCAGAAUUCUUGACAGAGCAUCACAAGACAGGAAUGAAGGUGGUGAGUUCCUGUCUGCUUUCCUAGUUUGCCUUUUUGUCUGGCUAAACAGCUGCAGACGGUUGAGGGAGUGUCUUCACAUCAGUGUGUUCUCAGCAGGUGUCAUUCAUAUUGUACAGUACUUGUUUGGACUCUGUUACUAUGUCCUGGUGGGCUUAACGGUGUUAUGUCAAAUGCCAGCCAGUGUCAGGGAAGGGAAAGAUCAGCCAAUGAUAGUCCACUGGUACCAUGCCCUUGGACUCCUGAUGUUCGUGUGGGCUUCUAUUCAUCAACACAAGUGUCAUGUAAUUCUUGCUAAUCUUAGAAAAAAUAAAUCAGGAAAAGUAGUACAUUUGGAUCACAGCAUUCCUUUUGGCGAUUGGUUUGAAAUGGUGUCCUGCCCUCACUACUUUGCCGAACUCCUAAUAUAUGUUUCAAUGGCUGUCACAUUUGGAUUCAACAAUUUAACAUGGUGGUUGGUUGUGAUGUAUGUGUUCUUUAACCAGGCCGUGAGUGCUGUUUUAUGCCACAAAUUCUACCUGAGUAACUUUAAGCACUACCCAAAAUGUCGGAAAGCAUACAUACCUUAUCUCCUUUAGGUUUUAAUGUUAAAUAUCUUAAUAGAAAUGUAAAGUGUUCAGGUGUCGGGCAAUCAUGAACAGAGGAUUUGACUGAGAUUGAAUUGGUGCAAGUCAUGUUUAAAUUCCCAGGUGAUUCUGCAAUUCCUAGGUAAAUCAAUUUUAAUAGGCACCAACAGCAAAUAUUCAUGACAUUAAGGAGAUUGAAUAGCCCCCAUGAAUAGCCUAUUUGGAGGGUAUUUGCAUAACAGUGACAGAGGAAACAUAAUAUACAAAUGGAAAGUAUUGCUAUGACUAUUUAAACUGUGUGCAACAAUUCUGUACAGAAUAAGGAACUGUAUUUACAGUCUGAUUCACAUGUGCCCUGUGCAUCACUUGAAUAAUGAUAUGAGGAGAAACUUGACUGACGGCUGCAUGUGUGAUAUUCUCUUUUACUUUAAGGCUCCUUUACUACAGCUUCUUUUUCUGGUUUAAGAGCAAUUUAUUUUUAGACUGUGGAAUUUAAAUUCUGUGAAGCACCAAGUUGGGAAGAGCAACCUUGCAUUAUCCCUUUUAGUAAGAAAGUUGUAUGCAGUAGCUGCUUCCUGUGAUGCAGAGAAUAAGGUUAUAAUUUGAUCUAAUUAUGACCCAGUUAAAAUAUCUUCCUUGGAAUGGCCUUACAAAAGAGCACCAGUGCAACUUUAUAACUCUGUGAUAUGUGCAGGGAUAUUACUCUUGUGCUGCAGGCAAAUGCCUGUGCAAGUUUACACCUGAAGAAUAAGAGGAUUAGGAACUGAGGGUUCAUCAAAAGAAGCUAUGAGGGAAGAAAACCCCCUGCUUGCUGCAACCUGCUAGUAUAGUUCUUCACAUGAGUCUGCCCACCAACAAUAAUCUUAUGAUGAACAAGAGCUGACACUUUCCAAAACCCAGACCUUGAAUAGGGGUCUACCACUAGUAUCUUCAGUUAGACUGGAGACAGUGGCUGACAUACAGAUCAAAGAUGUACCGGUGCAGUGAGAGAACAGCCUAAUAGAACUUCUCAACUGACUGCACCAGAACAGCAGGGAAAUAAGUUGAAGCACUGAAAUAUGUCCCUGAGAAUUACACAGCCCUCAGGGAUGUGUUUUUGGGUGGUAGAGAGAGCUUCCUGUGGAAGAGGAGACUGCCAAUAAUUGCUCUUUCCCCAAUGCACUAGUGCAGUUAUUUGGAAAGUUCUGUUAGGCUGCUUUCUCACUACACUGAUGUAGCCUUGCCAGGACCCUGUUAAGGAUGUGACUUGUCAAGUGCUGGGUGCUUCCUCUGUUCUAGUAAGCUCUGCACAAAGUGAGAGCAGGUUCUGUGUGCUAUUGCAAGGGUCUAGGCUGCCUGGCAAGGGGGCUCUCAGUUCCUGUGUGCUGCUUCUAACCAAAAUAGUGGUUAUGUGGCACUCUAUUCAUAUACUCUAUGCCACCUCUCACUCACACACCCCUACCUUGGGGGAGCAAGCAGGGCCUCUAUCUGAAAGCCCCAAAACAUCAGAAGCCAGCCUUCUUCCUUGUAGUUGAUAGCAGUAGCUGUGGGAGUUUUAUUAAUGUGUGAUCCUUAUUUGCAUGGUGUCCCUCCAGUGGGAGGGUGCCUGUUCAAUCUUAACAUGAUUUGAAUGUUAGAAACUGUGGUAUUGAGUACAUAGUUUUGCCAGCAUGUCUUACCUCAUGGUACUUAAAUUAUCCAUCUCAUAUAUAGAGAUAUCAAGGAUUAGCAUACUUUACUUACACUUCAUGGAAACAGUCAUGACUAGGAAGACAGGAACAGAACCUCAUGAAGAUAAGUGAGCAAGAGCCUAAAGAUCUCCUGUAUGAUGCAGCAGGAUGAAGACGACCAGCCAGGAUGUGGAACAGAUCACUUUCUUUCUUCUCCGGUGAAUGUUUAACUUUUACUUAGUACAAGAGUUACAAUGUUUUUAUAAAACUACUUUAAAUGUAUACCAUGUAUAUUUUUAUCUGUGUUGCAUAUGUAGGAUAGGCAUUGUAUUAUUUCCAUUUUGAGUAAAAGCUUGACCCAUCAAUCCCUUCUGAAUGAAACAAAUGUACAGCAA